UAUCUAACCAAAAUCCUCUCCAUCUUCCGGCUAGCGUGCCCCAGAAGCAAAGCUUAUCAUUUUAAUAAGUCCACAGUUGACAGCCAAGGAGUUAUUUUACUGCUAGGACAACUAGUGGCUGUGUUAUUUUUCGCGAGGUAGUGUCCGGUUUUUGUUUAAGUAGUUUGUGCGCAUUAAACUGAUUACUAAUUUCAAGUUGUGACAACUGAGACGUGAGUCACGAUUAAAUUAGCAUGGAAGUUCCUACUUCGUGUUAAGUUCAGCUGGGGCUUUGUCAUUUUGAUUUCGAACGCUCAACACGCCGGACCUGGUCUCCGUCCUCGCCAACGUGACGAAGUUUUACUCGCAAAUAGACAGUUGACUCAACUUCUGGCGGCAAGAAUUCCAUAUUGAAUUUCGGGAAGUUCCUUUGAAGAUUUAAACACCCGAGUUUAUGUUUAAUUAGGGUUUUUAACGAAAUUAUUAGUUUUAUGAAGCGUGGUGAACUUCUAAACACUCUGGGAAAGGCGCAUAUCUGAGCAGAACACUCGAACUUUAUGCCAACUUCGACCCGAAAAUUAACUUUUAAACAGACUUGCACUGGCGGUUGUACUGUUUAAGUGCCAGCAACGGAGUGAAUCUGUUCCAGAACUAGUGGAUUUGGUUACUAAAUUGAGUUACCGGGCUUCAGCAGUUGGGUCUGUUUGGAGUUGUCAAUUGUGCUCAACCAAGCGUAAAAACCGCGAAAACUUGAAAUAGCAGACGGGAUGAUGGAGAAAUUAGGCAGUCCAGCUUAUAUCCCUAACCCACUAACCUCUCCUGCUUUAAUGGUUCUAGCAUCAACAGCAGAAGCAACAAGACCAUCAGCAUCAUCUCCAGGACCUUUGAGCGACUACCAUGCAGUAUAUUCCUCACCCAGUAGCCGUUUUCUUGAUGGAGAAACCCUWCAUAGGAUGGUCCUGAGUUCUUCUGCUUACCAACACAGACCAUCACAUCUUUCUCUGUAUCAUUCACAGCAAGGUACUGAACACUACUCUGAAAGAGUCUCUCCUGACUACAAUCCACAUUAUUUUCAAAUUCACUCCCAUCUCGGAAGUGGGCUGCUUCAUAAAUCUUCUGGUAGUACAGGCUUGUUUAAUGGUACAAGUGCAUUCAGAAGAAUCAGUCCACAUGAACACAGUUUUUCAUUCCACCACUUACAACACCAGAGAAAUUUGAUUGAGAGAGAACACGGUUUUGAUAGUCUUUAUCACAAGACCUCAUCGCUAGAUCUUGAGCAGGAAAGAAUGAAGAAAGGGAAUCUAUCCCCUAUUGUAUCAGAGAAAGAAUUAGGGGAAUACAACAACAACGAACACUCACCUAAUGCAAGCCCGCGCAGUACACACUCCAACAACAGCAAUGAAAUAAGAUUUGAAACUGUUAAAGUCAAGCAAGAAAAAGAAGACGAUAAAGAAUUCUGUGACAACGAAGAAGCUAGAAAAUCUUCUUUAUCCAAGCAGUCACUCAAUAAAACACCUUGUUGUCCCAUCUGUGGAAUUACAAUACGGCCAGGUGAGAUGGAAAGCCAUUAUGCUUGGGAAAUGGACAGGAUCCAUGAUGAAUCAAGGAAAACCAGGAGAAGUCAAAGAGAGGCUGCCAUCAAUGCUAGGAAGCAUUCAUAUUCCAUGAAUAAGAGAGUCAAGCAAGAGAAUGAUGUGCCUGUACCAAAUGAUGAUACACCAGCCAGCACACGGCAUCAGACUUAUCUCAGGGUGUGUGCAAACAGAAUGGCCAGAACAGGUAGAGCAUCAAAACCUACAAGAUCUAGAAGUGCACAAAGUUCACCUGUAAAUCCAGCAUUCAUUAAUGAUAAAGUAGAGGAAGGUCCUUCAGGAUUCAAGUCUGCAACUUGUCCUGUUUGCGAGUCAGUCAUCCAAGGUAGUGGACAGGAACUGAAUGCUCAUGUUGAGGCUUGUCUUAAAAAGAGAGAUGGCAGUGAGCAAACCAAUGGCCAAGCGUCAUUUGAGGAAUAUGAGUGGGCUGGACAGACAAGAAUACGUGCUACAGCCUUAUUAGAGGGAGGGUUUAAAGCUUCAGGAUUUCAAACUGGAAUCAAGAGAAAAGCUAAUGAAGAAGACGAUGGAGACUUGAAUAUUGACGGUGAUGACGCAGAGGAAUAUGGCAAACCUCAAUACAGUGAGAGUGAUGUUAUACCWUGUACUGCAGAUGAACCUGAGGAAGACCUUGCAAGACAAGCUCUUAGAGGGGCAGUUCUAAGUUGUGAAAACUCCCCAGCUUCUGUCUCAAGGAGCACACCAACAAGAAGUAGAUGGAGUGAAGAUGAAGGAGAUGGUAGUCAACCCUCUGAAGAGAAACCACCCAAAGAUGAURUGAAUGUGGAGGAAGCAAGCAAAGGACUUGUUAUCAAUUCCCUCAAGACAAGAGUGAAAGACUUGGAAAAACAAACAGCCUUGGAGAAAAUCAAGUGUCUCAUCUGUAUGGAACCAUACUCGGUACCAUUGGUGUCAAUAUCGUGUUGGCAUGUACAUUGCGAGGAAUGUUGGCUACGUACACUGGGAGCCAAGAAGCUAUGUCCUCAGUGUAACAUGAUCACAUCUCCAACUGAUCUGAGAAGGAUAUUCCUAUGAUAGUCAUUCACAAGACAAUAUUUAUUUGCACGCAAAAUGUGUGCUGGUAGUUUCAUUGCAAGACUAUUCACGAUUAAUGCUUGCCUUAAAUUGUUAUAUCACAUGACUAAUCCAGGCUAUUUUCGUUACAAAAGGCAAGUGUAUUUAAUUGGUCAUUAGUAACYUCAUACCACAUGACUGACCCAGGCUUCUUUCAUUGCAAUGGACAAAGGAAGCCCAUAUUAAGAAUARCGAGAUUACCAUGUCUGCCCCAAUAUUUUGUUACAUAACUGACCGGGCGAAGSAAGUCCAKWAGGUCCUUUGCGACCAGCUUUGAAGGACUGUGUUAUUUAAGUUGAGAAUUGCUUCAAUUCACAAAUUAUGGGAAUAAAUUUUAUGAAAAUUAGUUUUCYUUUUGUGAUGUAGUUUUCUCAAUUUUGMCUAUAUUGAAUAAAUCAAGCUUUUSACGAUGAAAGCARAKUACGYGRAAGUCAACAUAUUAGCAGACCCUAAUUCCAUUGCAUGUUKCAUCUGACUCCAGUGAAAAUCAUUGUCGUUUUUGGGACUUACCAAAAAUCUUUACUCGGGUUCAGCACUUUCAAUUGUAGAAAAACACUUUAUUAGAAAAAGGCAUAAAGCCAAGGCACAAUUUACGUAGUAAAAUUCACGUUAUUUAAAAAUUGAAGAAUUAAAUAGAGAGAGAACAUUAGCCCUGUGAGGGUACUGGUUUCAUAAGCCUKUGAAAUACAAAUUUCUUUGUAGUUUUGGUGUAUCACACUAUUUUAUUAUGUUUCACGGGUUUUUGUGAAGUCAAAAAAUAAAAUAUUAAAAAACGAGUUUUGCGCCUUCACUCAGUACAAUGUUAAUUAAGAUCAAUGUACAGUUGAGUGUAAAUAUUUGUACAUAAAUAAGUAUAUAAUUACACAUUUAAAUUGUUGAUAUGUUACUGUUAAUAUAUGCAGUUUGCUUUGGAUUUUGCCGAAUUUUUUAUGUUGCAUUAAAACUAAAUGCAUCCUACACCCAAACUAUUAUAAUUGCAUGUCUCGAAUCCUAAGUGAAAUAAAAGCCUUUAUUACUCGC